AUGUUCAAAGGACUGAAGUCAAAACUUGAGGAUGAGGCGAAGAAACUCCAAGCAACGGUACAAUCAACCGUAGCUCAAUAUGGAGAAAGCCUCUCGCACCAAGUAGGACACAUCCGAAGCGGUGCCGCGAGUGAUGCGGGGAGUGAAAGCUCGGCAAGUGUGUCAAAACGUUUUUUUGGAUUUGGAUCAAACAACGAAAAUGACUCCUCGGGGCCUAGCCAUUCGGUUGGAGGAGCAUUGAUGGAAGAGGUGACAGAAGGGGAUUUACUGGGACUCGAUAUCCCUCAGCGAGAACGAACUUUAUCUGGUGGCUCCAAUCACUCAAAUGAAAGCUCCUUUUCCACAUUGUUCUCAUCCGUUCCUGGAAUGCCCGUUUCAACAUUGGAUCCAAUCGAUUCAGAUGUUGAGUCAGCAAUGGAUGAGCAUGGAUCAGCUGUUGUUAAUAGUGCUUCAAAAGAGCAAAUUUCUUCGGUGCUUCGAAAACUCCAAGGACGAGCUGCUAACUACAAAGAUAAAUACAGAGAUCUCGUCAAACAAUACAAUGAAGUUGUCACUGAGAAUAACAAAUGCCGGGCAGUUUUGGCUCAGACUCAAGAUAAAGCACUGACAAGAAUCGACAAGUUGCGCAAUGAGAGAAAAGUUCUACUGGAACAAGAUCAAGAGACUCAAAAACGACUAACUAAAUAUGAAGAUAUGCUCAAAAAGUGCACUGACGAGAUUCGACGUAAUCGAGCCAAGAUCACUGAACUUUCUGAAGGAAACACUGGGAGCAAUCAAGGCGAAAAUUCAGAAGAGUCUGAUCGGAUUGUAUUAGAAUGGAAAAAACGAGUCGAAAAGUUGGAAGAGGAAUGGACUGAGAGACUAAAUAAGGCAGAAACAGAUGCAGCUCUCACUUUGGCUCAAUCGAAAGCGGACAUGCAUGGAGCUUUGGAAUCGAAAGAUCGAGAAGUCGAACUCCUGAGACAGAAAUGUCGAACACUCGAGAUUCAGGAUGGUCAAGCUAAUGAACGUUGGCAAAAGAAGGUUGAUGAGUUGAAAGUAAUCAUUUCAUCACUGGAAACCGAGAAAUCGGAAAUGAUUGAGAAGCUGAGUGAAGCUAAAGUGCAAGGGGUUAAGGCGGUUCGAGACGAAGAAGAAGCAAAACGGAAGGACCUGGAAGCUAACAUUGCCCAAAUACAACAGGAUCACACGCAAGAAGUCGCCCAAUUAAAAGAGAAACUAGAAAAAUUGCAAAAUGCAACUCUUGAAUCAUCAGAAAACGACUCACUCAGCCGGGACAAGCUUAAUGAUUUGGAGAAUUCGCUAAAACGACUUACAGAGGAAAAUGCUAGGAAAAUUGAAGAGCUUACUGGAACGCAUGAAAUGUCACUUGAAGAACAAAAAAUCGAGUACGAAAACAAAGUGGCUGAACUUUCAACGGAUUUGAACAAUGCUAAGACGGAUUUCCGAAAACUUCAUGAAGACUACGAGAACUUGAAAAAACAAAAUGUUGAUGAGAAGAAAGAUGAAGAGACAGAGAUCCAGGAGUUACAAAGAAAAUUGGAAAAUGCUGAACAAGAAGGCAUUCAAUCACAAGAAAGAGUAACAGUCAUUGAGGAAAAGUGUCAAACUCUAUCAAAUGAACUCGAGAAGGCUCGCGAAGUGAUCGCUGAGUUGAGCACUUUGAGAAAUACAAUGGAGAUUGAGAUUCGAGAAGCGAAGAAAAUGGUGGACGAGUUAACGAACAGUGCUUCAAACGAUGCAGCUGAAAGUGGAGCUGAAGUUCUCAAUCUGAAACAAAUGCUCAAAGAACGGAAUGUACAAUUAGAAGAUUCAGCUCAACAAAUUGGAAGACUCCAAAGUGAAUUGGAAAAAGUCAAAGAAAAUUUGACUGAAGAGAUUGAAGACAUCAAGAAUCAGCGGGAUGAAGUUCAAAGAAGAGUUGACAAUCUGGAAACAAGUCUUGAUCAAGCACAAAGAAAUUUGGAAGAAGCCAGAAGUCGCCUUGAAGAUGAGAAGACAGCUUUGGAAGAAGAGAUUAAUCUGAUGAGAAAUAGACUUCCAGAAGUGAUUCCCGUUGCUCCUGAUUUGUUAGAAGAAUGCCUCAUCAAAGUGGAUGAACCUGUUUUGGCAGCAGAGCCGGUGAGCCAAGUUGAAAUCGAUCAGCUAAAAAAUGAGCUACAAAUAGCAGAACAGAAUUAUGAAGUUCUGAAAGAAGAAAGACACUCGGUGAUGGUAGAAUUGGAUUCUGUAAAAGCCGAUUUUGAGCAAAUUAGAAGAAAGAGCGAUGAGCAUUUGAAGAGCUAUGAAGAGAGAAUGAAAAGUUUAGAAGAAAUAUGCAAAGAACAAAAAGAUCAACUUUCCACACUUGAAAAAGAAAAAGACGGCUUUUUGGAAAAGUGGAAAAUCGAAGAAGAGGAAUUCACCGAAAAAUCAAAACUUUUUGAUCAAGCUCUAUCCAAUGAGAAAGAAAAAGUCCAAGAUUUACAAGCUCAACUCGAAAACAACCAACAACGACUUCAAUUUCUAAACGAGCAGCUUAAUAAAAAGGAAAAGGAUCAUGAUCAAACAUUGGCCAGUGAACAAGAAAAGGCGAGAACCUUGGAAGCCCAACUUGAAGAAAAUCAUCAACAACUAAAAGCACUGAAAGAGCAACUAAGCCAAAAGGAUAUGAAACUUGAUCAGUCUGUAGCCGGUGAACAACAACAGGUUAAAGCUUUGGAAACGUAUGAACAAAAGCUUAUCGAGAACGAAGGAAAGCUUCAAGAGCUCAACGAUCGCCUUCAACAAAAGGAUGGGGAGUUAAUCUUGUUGCAAAAUGAACGAGCUUCUUUGAUCGAAGAAGUUAAAACAUUGAAAGAUGGAUCGUUAGAUAAAGAGAAAGAAUUGCAAGUGAAACUUGAAGCGAGUGUUCAACGGGAGGAGCUCCUUCAUGCAUCCAUCGAAAAUGCACAACGAGAGAUCGAAGUGCUUAAGAAAACGCAACCAGAAAUGAGUGCCUCGAAGAGAAUAAACGAACUAGAAGAACUAGGAGACAGAAUGCGCUCAGAAUUCCUUGAGAAGGAAGAAAUAGUGGCAGAACUGAGAAAAGAGCUCGAGCAAAGUCGCUUGCAUACACAAGAGAUCAACAAUAAAUUGUCUUCUUUGGAAGAAGAACGAUCAAACUUGCAGGAUCAACUCUCAAAUGCUCACUCUACUUUGACUGACAAAGCACAAGAAGUUCAUGCGUUGACACAGAAAUUUGAGACUUUCCAAAAUGAUAUGAAAACGGAAAUUGAGAAAAAAGAUGCUGAACAUGAUGAGGGACUCAAAAUUAGGGAGCAAUAUUCAUCCGCUCUUGAAAAUCAUCGAACCAAUGAAGAAGAACUGGGAAAAAGAGUAACCGAGAAAGAAACAGAGAAUCGAAAAUUGCAUGCCGAUUUGGAAAAUCUCACCAAGGAGUUCAAUGAAUAUAGAGAACAACAGCAAAAGGAACAAGACACUGCAGUAAGUGAAUUGAAGAAAAAAGCUGAAGGAAAGUUGGGGAAAAUGAAAAAAGAGUUUGAGAAAGAUGUGGCAGCCGCGAAAUCGGAGCUUUUAUUAAAGGUAGAUGAACAUCGAACUGCUUUAUCGGAAAAAGAGAAGAAACUCGACGAAAUGCGCAUUGAAAAAGCAAAGCUUGAGCAACAGUUGAUUGGAGAAGAAGAACUCCGAAAGGAAUUGAGUCAAGAAAGACAAAAUAAUGAACAGAUCAUGACACAGAUGAAACUUUUGGAAGGAAAACUCGCAGAGGUUUCGGCUCUUGAGAAGGAUUUGAAGGAAAUGCAAGUAAAUAACAGAGAAACGAUUGAUGAAAAGGAAAAGCUCGUCAAUAAGGUGGCUGAACUAGAAAUGGCCAAUGAGGAAACGAUGAAAAAAGUCGCAGUAAAGCAAGAUCUUGAGUCAAAGAAGGUGAUUCGUGAACUUCAAAGAGAAGUCAAACAGUUAUAUGCUGAGUUGACGGAUAAAUCGACGGCUCUCGAUGAGGCAAACUCUCAAAUUCGAGAGCUCGAGAAUAAAGCGACGAAUCAACAAGUUCAUCCAUCCGAAAAUCACUCGAAAGCGUCAACUAACAAAGGAGAUGAAGCACAUGAGCUGGAUCAAGAAGAAAUCAACUCGUUGAAGAGAAGACUGACCGAUGCUCACAAAGAAAUUGAUGUCUUGCGAGAAAACAGACACGCAACUAAAAACAACAAUUCUGAUGAUAACACUUUUGCACAUCCAACAGAGCAAGAGUAUCUGCGAAAUGUCCUCUAUCGAUACAUGAACGAGCGGGAAACAUUAGGAAAAGAGAUUGUGACGCUUGCACGAGUGAUUGGAACGGUGACACGUUUCUCGAAGAAACAACUAGACGAUGUAUUGACGAAAGAAGAAAAUCGAGCCGCCUCUUGGGGACAAACUCUUUCCACUGUCUCCAAUCCUAAGCAC